CUGACUGAUCUUUGUCUCCUUCCGCUUGCUUUGUCUUUCCAAAAUGGCUGUGCGAAGAUAUUUCAAUAUUUAAGGCGAAGGCUAGCGGUAUCAGCUCUUCAUUCCCUUACCUUCUCUCUCCCUUUGCCCCGGUGGCACUUUUCCCUACUCCUUCCGGCCCACUACCCACAACGGCGAUGGCAUCUGCCGCACAGAAUGUGCCUCUACUUGAGUCUAGGCUUAUUAAUAAAGCUGAGAGUUCUGGAUCUCGCUUGAAACUCGUGGACGAAAGUAUACCAUGGAUCCCUCGAAAAAUUUGGCGAGAUCGUUGUUUUCGUGAGGUUACCGAAGGCUCGUGAUGGCGGCGCAGUCACACCUUUUCAAGUUAUGCUCUCAGAGUUUGCAACUCUGACAUUGUUACGACUCCGAGUUCCUAAGUCUGUCCCUGUUCCGAGACCCAUCUGCAUCGACGAAGAUCAGGAUAACUUGGUUGGUGGACCAUGGACAGCGACCACACUGACCAGGGGAUCGUUUCUCAAUGACAUCUUCGACACUCUUACUCCAGAGCAGCGGGAAACUGUUAUCGAUUCUGUUGCAGAGACGUAUUACAGGAUUCUCAUGUCUCGCAGCCGGACGUUUUCAAAAAUCGGCAGCAUCUAUCGCCAUCAAGAUCGACAGCAAAUGGCUCGGGAUUGGUUCUUUACAGAUGUCGACGAUCUCAAGUCCCAGUCCGCUGGCUUUUUUGUGGGACCUAUCGCGGUAUGCCCUCCAGGUUCGAAUGGACUGUUCUCUAAUGCCGAGCCCCCGAAUAUCUGGCAUUGCGGUCCGUUUGAAUCUGCGGAUAAAUGGCUUGCAGCGAUCGCGUCUCGAGACUUGGACUAUACCGGGGCACCCUCCGUCCUCUCCCUCGAUGAGCGGCGUGAUAGAGAACGCGACGUGAAUGAAAUCUUGGGGCGCAUGCGUAAGGAAGACCGAGAUUUUAGGAAGAUACUUGUACUCGAACAUCCUGCCUUUUCUCUUUCUUACAUCCUCGUCGAUCCUGCUGAUCCCACGAAAAUUGUUUCUAUCCUCGGUUGGUCUGGCGCACGAGUGGUUCCAUCGUGGGCUAUCAAUCCGCCGUUGGAUAUACCGGAAAGUAUAGGGCAUGUUGAGCGGAUGCAUUUGAUUAAUAAAUUUGCCAGUCGAGUGAAAGAACGCUUUCCGGAACAACACUGGCGGAAUAGCGGGAUGUUUGACAAGCUUCUCGUCGCGCAAAAUAGCCACGUACGUCCAGAAAAUAGAAGCUUGAUCUUCAAGGGCAAAACUGUGCUGCAAAGACUGCGUAAUGACAGAGGAGGACAGAGAUUCGGAGAAAAGACUUCCGGAGUAUCUGGAUUCCAUUAUUGAUCGCUUUUCCGGGUAGUAGUCGAGAUUCUUCGUUCUUACCGACGUUCCUCUUCCUUAUGACGAUUCUGUCUAUUGUCCAACAUAAUCCAGUGCUCCAAUUUCAUAUUAUUGUAGAUCGUCUAUGAGAAUAA